AUGGCGGACGAAGAAGAAGCUCCUCCGGAGGUGCAUCACUACAGUAGUCUCCAGGAGGUCCCCUGGGACAUUCAGAAUUAUUGGGCUCAACGCUACCGGAUCUUCUCCAAGUACGAUGAAGGUGUAUGGCUGACCGAUGAUGCUUGGUUUGGCGUUACGCCUGAACCAGUGGCCAAUCGAAUUGCCACGCAAAUUGCCGAGUCCGCGCCUGCUGGACGUAGCAUUCUGGUCGAUUGCUUUGCUGGCGCAGGUGGAAACACAAUCGCAUUUGCAUUGACCGGGAAAUGGAAGCGCGUGUACGGAAUUGAGAAGAAUCCCGCUGUCUUGAAAUGCGCAAAGCACAACGCAAAAAUCUACGGCGUCGAGAACAAGAUCACUUGGUUCGAAGGUGAUUGCUUUGAGAUCCUCAAAAAUCAACUUAGAGAACUGGGUCCAUACAGUGUUGUAUUUGCAAGUCCCCCGUGGGGAGGCCCCGGAUAUCGUUCAGAUCAGGUAUUCAACCUGAAGACGAUGGAACCAUACUCACUACAAAGGUUGUACGAUGAGUACUCUGUGUUCAGCAAGCAUAUGGUUCUAUACAUUCCAAGGACAUCUGAUUUGAAACAGAUGGCAAAAUUAGUUCCUGACGGCCACAAGGCUACGGUGAUGCACUAUUGUAUGGAGGGUGCGAGCAAGGCGUUGUGUAUUUUCUACGGGGAUUUCAAUGUUUCAUGA